GGCUGGCUUACCUCAUUGUGGUCAUUUGCUUAGGUUGGCUUACUUCAUUGUGGUCAUUUGCUGGCUAGUCAUAAUGCGAGAUUUAUCCAAUGCAUACUUUUAGAUGGUGGCUAUAAGUUUAAGAAGUAAAACCUCUUUCCACUGCAAGAAUUUUCCAACGGACUCGAUAUAUAUCUCUGUCAAGCUUGUUCUACAUAUCAUUUCCUCAGCUCUUAGCCUCUCACUUCCCUCUGCUACUUUCUCUUCUUCCCAAAUGAUGAUUCCAACUACUAGUCUAAACUUGCUCUUUGCACUCACCUUUAAUGCCAUUGUUUUUGUGUUCUUGAACUUUUCUUUUCCAGGCUAUGCAUCAUCAGGCGUACCUGGAAAUGAUACAGAUCAACUUGCAUUGAUGACGUUCAAGUCUGGAAUUACUGAAGAUCCACAAGGAGUUCUGGAUUCUUGGAAUGCAAGCGUGAGUUUCUGCAUGUGGCCUGGGGUCGCAUGUGGCCUAAAACACCGACGGGUCACUGUUUUGGAUCUCAGAGGCCAUGGGUUGGGUGGUACUCUAUCAUCCCAAAUUGGAAAUCUUUCGUUCCUUCGGAUUCUUGAUCUUUCAGACAAUUCCUUCCAUGGUGAAAUCCCCUCAGAACUAGGUCAUUUGAUCAGGCUCCAAACCAUGAACUUGAGCUAUAACUACCUUGGUGGUGAAAUUCCAGCUAACCUGUCUCGUUGUGUUGGCCUAGUUGAUCUUAUUCUUGAUCACAAUCACUUUGAAGGGCACAUUCCUGUUGAGCUUGGUUCUUUGACGAAGCUGGAGGCGUUGUAUCUUAAGAAUAAUAACCUCACUGGGAGUAUCCCAGCUUCAAUUGGGAAUCUGACUUCUUUGACAGAGCUUUACAUAUCAUAUAAUGAUCUGGAGGGCGAAGUUCCUGAAACAAUGGCCAAGAUGAGAAGCUUAACAAUGCUAGGCAUGUCAGUGAACUCUCUUUCCGGGGAGUUUCCUCCUGCGCUUUACAAUCUAUCCUCUCUUCAGCUCAUAGGCCUGUCAUUCAACAAGUUCGAGGGUACACUUCGAGCUGAUAUAGGAAUUGCCUUCCCCAAUCUGCAGUUCCUGUAUUUGGCAACCAAUUAUUUCAUAGGAGUGAUUCCGGCCUCAUUGUCCAAUGUUACUGGCUUGCUUCGGCUUGAUAUUCCAUACAACAAUUUCACCGGAAAUGUACCUAUGAGUUUUGGAAGCCUUCAGAAUCUAUUAUGGCUCAAUGUUCUCAGUAACCAGUUGGGAAGAGGCGCACCUGAUGAUAUGGAUUUUGUAACUUCUUUGUGCAAUUGCAGAAAGCUCGAGUUCUUGGAUUUUGCUGAUAAUAGAUUUGGAGGUAUGUUCCCCACCUCGAUAACUAACUUGUCAACCACAUUGACAAAGCUUCUUAUUGGUGGAAACAAGAUACAGGGAAUGAUACCUAGGGAGAUAUCUAACCUUGUAAACUUGAAUGCACUUAGCAUCGAAGAAACAAUGAUCACUGGUAGUAUCCCUGAUUCUAUCGGAAUGCUUUCAAAUCUAGAAAGUAUCCAUUUUGAAUCGAAUAAGCUAACUGGAAAUAUUCCCUCUUCAUUGGGAAAAAUCCGAGGACUCUUGCGACUCUACCUACAGGAUAACAGCUUAGAAGGGAGCAUACCUUCAAGUUUGGGAAAUUGUGUCUCCCUGCAAAACCUGGACAUUUCUCAGAAUAAGCUUACUGGUACUAUACCGAAACAGGUUUUGAGUCUGUCUUCCCUUUCAGUACUCCUUAAUAUGUCUUACAACUCCUUGAGUGGCCCUUUGCCCAUUGAGGUCGGAAACCUUAGCAACCUUGCUGCAUUUGAUGUUUCAAACAAUCGAUUGUCUGGUGAACUUCCAAGCACACUGGGGGGUUGUGUGUCCUUGGAAGUACUUAACAUGCAGCACAACCUCUUUGUGGGGCCAUUACCUCCUUUAAACAACUUGAAAAAUAUUCAGUACUUGGAUGUUUCUCAAAACAACUUCUCGGGCCACAUUCCUCCGAGCAUGGCCAAGAACUCCACUCUCUAUCUGAAUUUAUCAUUCAACAAUCUUGAAGGCGAGGUGCCUGCUCGGGGUGUUUUUGCAUAUGCAGAAAGGAUUGAUGUAACAGGCAACAUAAAUCUCUGUGGGGGAAUCAAGGAGCUUGAUUUGCAUCCAUGCGUGGUAGAGGAACCCCAAAAAUCUAGGAAGCACACUGCCCUUAUAAUAGCACUGGUUCUCAUUGUUGUAGCAGCGUGCCUAAGCAUAGCGCUGCUGCUAGCAGUUUUCUGGAAGAAAAAGGCGAAGAGAAGUAGAGCUAACUCAUCAUCUCAAGUCAUGAACUUCCAUGCAAAAGCAUUUGCAAAUGUGUCUUAUGAAGAUCUCCUAAAUGCAACGGGAGGGUUCUCUUCGCAAAACUUGAUAGGAUCAGGUAGUUUUGGUUCCGUCUAUAGAGGAACUCUGGCCUCGGAUGGAACAAUAGUUGCAGUGAAGGUACUGAAACUUCAACAGACGGGGGCUGACAAAAGUUUCUUGGCCGAGUGUCAGGCCUUGAGGCACAUCCGGCACAGAAACCUCGUGAAGAUCUUAACUGUUUGCUCCAGUGCUGAUUUUAGUGGGAAUGAGUUCAAAGCCUUGGUCUAUCAGUACAUGCCAAAUGGGAGCCUAGAAGAGUGGCUGCACCAGAAGGACAGAGAGGAUAGGAGGUUGAGUAUCUUCCAACGGUUAAACAUAGCAAUAGACAUCGCUUCAGCAUUGCAAUACCUCCAUGAUCAAUCUCAACCCCCCGUUAUUCACUGUGAUCUGAAGCCAAGCAAUAUUCUUCUUGAUGAUGAUCUGUGUGCUCAUGUGAGUGACUUCGGUUUGGCAAGGCUUCUUUCAAACCCAGCUCAAGAAGCUGAAGGGAUCGAGUUUAGCUCACUUGGGAUCAAGGGAACCAUUGGAUAUGCUGCUCCAGAAUAUGGCAUGGGUGCUAAGGUGUCAAAACAAGGAGAUGUCUACAGCUUUGGAGUACUUUUACUCGAGAUUUUCACAGGUAGAAGACCUACUGAUGAAAUGUUCAAUGACAGUGGAAAUCUUCACAGUUUUGUCAAACAGGCAUUACCUGAUCGAGCAAUGGACGUUGUUGAUCAAUCAGCUCUCUUCGAGGAAGAACCCGGAGAUCUGACAGGCAAAAUUUACUGUGAAAAUGGCUUCAAAACCAAGAUUGAUGAAUGUUUGGUUUCUCUCCUUGGCCUUGGAGUUGUUUGUUCAGAGGAAGCUCCUGAAACCAGAAUAACAGCAGGCAAAGUUGUGGCUGAUCUUGUUUCAAUUAGAAGUAAUCUAAGCAAAUAUGCAGCUUUACAGAAAAGAGUGCAAUGACCUGGAAACAUUAUGAUUCAGGUUCAGCUGUCAUUUAAACUGUAACUGUGUAGUGUUUACUCAGCCCCUCAAAUCAAAAGGCAUUUCAAAUGCAAUUACGAAAUAUUUGAUGCACACCCAGAAGGAAUUAAUGUAAAAAUAAAAAUAGUACUGUUAAAAUAUUGACUGUUUAAGGUU